AUGGCCUCGAGCCCUGGUCUUCCGACCCCCGCGUGGAACCCGGGCUGCGAGAGCAUGAGGGAGUUCAUGGGCAACGACGACCUUCUCAGUCUGCUCGAGUCAUACAUCCACGACAGGCACCACCUUCACUCGCUGUGUCUGGUCAACAGGAUGUUCAACGUAGUCUUUUCCCAGUCUCUAUAUGAGCAUCUCCUCAUCAAACAUACCCACGUUCAUUGCAUUGAACCCGACUCGGAAAACUUCCAAGCACUUCUGAACAGCCCAAGCCUUCGACACACACGGAAGCUGUCGCUCCUGCAGAUGGACCAGCUGUACUACACCCGAACAGAAGCCGCCUCCAGAUACGGCCCCAUACUCAACGAAGCAAUAUGCCAGAUCGUGAAGCGGUGCCCCGAUCUCCGCCAAUUUACUUUCUCUGCACCGUCACGUGCUUCGUGUGAAGGCCUGCCAGAAUACUUCGUUUCGGAGGAGACGCUCGACUGCCUCCAUAGCUCCUGCCCAAUGCUGCAGUCUCUCUCACUGGAGCAGGCAUUCCCUCGUAUCCCUCGCCGAGGAGGCAUUGGUCAGCGUGUCGAAGAUGUAGUUGGCGUCAUGCGAUUUCCGGAGUUCUCGAACCUCAUUACCCUGCAUAUGAUGGGCAUCAGGUGGAGUGCGUUGUGGGCGGAGUGGAUAGCUGGAAUACUGUCGUCAACACCGCAGGUUGAGGAACUGAGCCUAUCAAUGCGGUCUCCGAUAUGCUGCAGCAUCACCUGGGAUUUGGAAGUCUACAGCAACUGGAGUGAUUUCUUGAUCAGCCUAAGCGACGAGUACGAAGCGCUAGGGAAACCGCCCCUCAAGCUUCGCAAGCUGAAGCUCCACAACGAUAUCGGCUUCGUCGUCCACACCCAGCCAAGCAUCGGAUACCUCGAAUCCCUCACCGAUCUGGAGGUGCUCGAAGAGCUUCGUAUUUUCAACAAUCACCGGUACCCUGACGAAUCGAUGGUGGCCCCGCCUCACCUAAGAAGGCUGUCGAUGCCCUACAGAUUCAUCACGUACGACACAAUGCCACGACUCCGCAAAUUCUCGUUCGACAACAUGGAUGGCGACAUCAUGGACUGGCUCAUCCAAGUGGCAGAGACGCCCUUCAAAGACCAACUUACCCUCUGCAAUGAUGGAGUUGACUACUGGGAGGCCGGUGCCGAGCUCUUCGAUGCUGUUUCCAGCGCGCGAGCCCGGAAGAGAGCAGAAACCCCGUUGGACAGCUUCACAGCAAGCGACUUGGCGUCGGUCUUGCGACCGAUUCAUUGGAUUCAUGCUGACUCUCUCCUUGUGCCCGACGUCUUGAGUGAAUGUUUCGUGUUCCCGGGCAGGCUAGGAGUAGGUUAUUCCAACCAUCUAAGCCUCACGAAUCCUCAUCGGCCGGGAGAAUGCACAUGGGUCAAAAGCAUGCGUCUUUUCGUCGGAAGUGCAGACCUGAACAUGCCAGAGUUACUUCUACUUCUCGACGGAAUGGACACGAUCGAAAACUUGAUGAUCGUCAGCUACAUGGCAGACCAUUGGGAGAACUUUGUCCACCCAUGCGACAAUCAAACGUGGGAGGCAAACGCUCGGAGGAUUGCUAUCACGUUGCCGAGUUUGAAAUACCUGAAGGUAAACAGAGUGUCAUGGAGAUUCCAGCGCUCGCAUGACGACAAUGGGUUGAUGGCGCAGAGACUGAGUGUGGCAGAGGACGAGAUGCUCGGCAGGUUUCCGCCGCUCAGCGACUUGCCAAUUUACGCGAAGGUUUGGAGAGGCUGGAGAAGAUCGGUUAUGAGUCCUGGCUUGAUUUGA